AACUUUGAAUAUUAAUUUUAUCGUAUCAUAUCAUAUUAUAUCAUAUUUGAUGGCUUUAAUUUCUCCAAUUUCAUCCUCUAAUGGAAAAACCUUCAACCAAAAACUUUUUUCCAGAAUUAGGGUUGCGAUUGAAUCCGAUGUCCCACACAUAUACAAGCUCAUGCAGCAAUUAUUCGUUUACCACGACAUCACUCAUCUCCUGAAAUCGACUGAAUCCUCCGUUACCUCGGGGCUAUUUAACCCUAAAUUUCCUCAUCUUAGUCCUGUUACUACACUUCUAAUCGAAGUCUCUGCUAAUCCUUUUCCAUCUUGUCUCAAUGACAAGACUAGCUCCAAGGAAGUUGAUCUUAACAUGCCCCUCAUAGAUGAGGAGUCAGAACAGUUCAGAGUUGUCAAAUAUGAUCAACAUGAUGUUUUUAUAGCUGGAUAUGUCAUGUUCUACCCAUGCUUCUCGAGUUUCUUCGAGAACCCAGUGUUCCACAUGGAGAACUUCUUUAUAAGAGAGUGUUAUAGGAGUAAAGGGUUUGGGAAAUGGUUGUUUUCAACCAUGGCGUUGGAGGCUGCAAGAAUGGGAUUUUCUUCUAUUGAUUGGUAUGCUUCGGAUUGGAAUGAAAGUGCACUUGGUUUUUACAAACAUAUGGGUGCUACAAUUUCUGAUGAUUUUAGGGUUUUGAGUUUGGCUGGUAAGGCUCUUGAAGCAUUUGAGGAUGAUAGUAACUAAUAGUGUGUUUGGA